AUGAAUUGUUCGUCAAUUAUGAAAGAUAAUGUUCAAUUACUCGAUUUACCUGAUGAAUUAAUUUUAAUUAUUAUGAAUAAAAUCAAACCUCGUAUGUUAUUGCUUAGUUCUAUUAUUACUAUUGGUAACCAUCGUUUGGAACAACUUGUACUUGAUAAAUGUCAUUCAAUUGAUUUGACUUUUGAUUAUGUUCAAUCACCAUAUGAAACAGUUAUUCAACGAUUUUAUUCACAUAUUAUGCCUCAUAUUAUUGAUAAUAUUUAA